UUCUACCAAAAGGCUUUUGAUCUACUAGUAAGACUGACAGUGUAGCAGUCAAAGAUCUUAAGUGAGAGUCUGGGUUUGGGCGUCUACAACACUGAAUCCUGGUUGUUGCUCAAGGUCCUGGGCGUUGCCAGGCAACUGAGGCGCCUGCGUUGCCCCAGGCAAGUGGCCCAACCCCUUUGUCUUUGCCCGCUUCCUGUCACUGGUUCACUUCCUGUCUCUGGCUAGCUUGGACUCCUGGAGUGGGGUGAAGACCUGCCCAGACGCAUCCUCAAGCCAGGGGGUCCAGGCCCCAGGGGCAGGUCGGGGGUUUAGGAGUGACCGGGAUAUCCUGGUCCAGCUGAAGGACUGUCUCCUUUGCCACCAUGAAGAAGCUUCUCACCUUCUGGAGAAGGAAGGAUGAGCCUCAAGGCCCCUCCUCGCACCUGCCUGUGGCCCAGGCCAGUACCCAUCACCCCGCCCAGCCAGGCUACAACCUUCGAGAUAAAGAUUUAAAGAAACUUCACAAAGCUGCCUCGGUCGGGGAUUUGGAGAAGGUGAAGGAGUACCUUCAGCUCAAGAAACGUGAUGUGAAUGUACGGGAUAGACAGUACAGAACCCCUUUGCACCUGGCCUGUGCUAAUGGAUAUUCAAAUAUUGUAUCUCUCUUAAUUGAGAAACAGUGCGAAAUAAAUGUCUGCGAUGGUGAAAAAAGAUCUCCAUUGACUAAGGCAGUACAGUGCGCAAAGGAAGACUGUGCUACUAUUCUUCUGGAGCAUGGUGCAUACCCAAAUCUGGUAGAUUUCGAUGGCAAUACUGCUCUCCAUUAUGCCGUCUGUGGCCACAGUGUCUCAUUAGUUGAAAAAUUGCUUGAACACAAAGCUAAUCUUGAAUAUCAAAAUAAGGAUGGGUAUACUCCACUUUUACUUGCCAUUACUGAAAAUAAUGCAGAAAUGGUAGAAUAUCUUCUGAAGAAAGGGGCAGAUGUGAAUGCUUCAGAUAAGAAUCAAAGAACAGCCCUUAUGAUUGCUCUAAGUGAUGAACCAACAAAUUUAGUCAGCCUUCUUCUUCAGCAAGAAGUGAACCUAUCUUCCCAAGAUAUUAUGGAUUCACAGCUGAGGACUAUGCUUCUUUUAAUGGUUUUACUGUAUAUUAUCAAUUAAUUGCCAAUUAUAGAAAGGGGAAGAAAGUUAAACAGGUAUCUAACUCUAAAGAUACAAUCUUGGACACUACAUUUGAUACAGAAGAACUGAAGGAAGACAUGUAACCUCAUUUCUACAAAUCCUUUGCUGCUGCCUUGAAUUAGAAAAUCAUUUUGAAAGAACAACUAAAUGAACUGUCACAGCAUUUCACUGACUACUCAUUUGAAGAAAAGUUUGUUAAACAGAGCAGUUUUUGCCUUAGAAGAUGUGGAGAAGUUUCAAAAGACAAACAUCUAUGUCAUGAACUGUCAGUUGAAAGGAUACAAUUUGUGUUCAGCUUAUAGGCAGAAAAAAAUCUUUUUAGUCAUAGUUUUGAAUGGGAUAUUCAUAAGAGGAAGCUUUGCAAUAUAUUGUGUUAGGUAUGCAGUAGAGCAUUUAAAUAAGGCAAAAACAAAGAAGUAACUGAUGUAUAAAAAUAGAGGAAAUUGCAGCUAUAGAGGAAGAAAUGAUAAAUAAUCCUGUGUAAAUGGAAAUUCUCUCCUAUUUACAAGUACUUUCACUAACAAAACCUUUUUUUUUUAAUUUUUGAUAAAUACUGCAAUAAUACAUAUCAUGAAAAUUUGGGUAUUACAGAAAAGAAAAUAAGAAAAUGAAUCACCCAUAGUGUCAUCACCCAAACAAAAUAUCUGUUCAUUUUUGGCAUGUUUUGUGGUCUUUUAAAAUCUGCUUGACUUUUUUUUUUCCUCAAAGGGAAUUUACAGUUUUACAUUUUUCUUUUUAAAAACAAUACCUACUACAUAGUUUUCACUGUGUUCCAUGUCCUACCUCCAACACAUCCAUCACAGUGUAGCUUCAGGGUUCUUCCCUGGAAGACUCUUCCUUGAGUUGUCUGCUGGGAUGCUUCCUCACCUCAUAUGGGACAUCAAUGAAGUCUUCUCUGGCUGCCUGGCCAUUCUGUCACUUACAAUGUUUUAGUAUCUAUUCCUCUCCCCCUUGCCUUUUGGAUUGCAAGAUCUGUGAGACCUUGAACUUUUGGUUCAUAGUAAAUCCUCACCACUUGUAAAAUGUCUGGUGAUAGGAAAUAUUCAGUUGCCAAAUACAGGCAUACCUCAUUUUAUUGCACUUUGCUUCAUUGCACUUUGGAAAUAUUUUUUUGCAACUAGAAGGUUUGUGGUAACCCUGCAUCAAACAAGUCUGUCAGCACCAUUUUUCCUGCAGAGUUUGCCUACUUCAUGUCUCUGUGUCACAUUUUGGUAAUUUUCAUAUUUCAAACUUUUUUCAUUAUUAUUAUAUUUGUUAUGGUGAUGUGAUCAGUAAUUUUUGAUGUUACUAUUAUAACUGGCUUGUGCCACAAGCCACACCCACAUCAGACAGCAAACUUAAUCGAUAAACAUGUAUUUUGACCACUCCACCAAACCUCCUGUUCCCCUUCUCUCUCCCUCUCCUCAGGCCUCCUUAUUCUCAGAGACACAACAGCAUUGGCAUUAGAACAAUUAAUAACUGUAUAAUGGACUCUUAAGUGUUCAAGUGAAAGGAAGAGUCUCAAGUCAGUCACUUUAAAUCAGAGGCAGAAAUGAUUAUGCUUAGUGAGGAAGGCAUGGUGAAAGCUGAAAUAGGCCCAAAGCUAGGCCUCUUGUGCCAAAUAGUUAACCAAGUUGUGAAUGCAAAGGAAAAGUCCUUAAAGGAAAUUGAAAGUGUUAAUCAAGUUAACUUAAUAUGAAUUAAGAAAACAAAACAGCCUUACUGCUGAUGUGGGGAAAAUUUUGGCGGUCUGGAGAUAUCACCAGACACAACGUUCCUUUAAGUCAAAGCCUAAUCCAGAGCCAGGCCCUAUCUCUCUUCAAUUCUAUGAAGGCUGAGAAAGGUGAGGAAGCUGCAGAAGGUAAGUUUGAAGCCAGCAGAGGUCGCCAUGAGGUUUAGAGCAAGUAGCCAUUGCCAUAACAUAAAAGCGCAAGGUGAAGCAGCAAGUGCUGAUGUAGAAGCUCCAGCAAGUUCUCCUGAAGAUCUAGCUAAUAAUAAUUAAUAAUAAUUAGGAUGAUUCAUGAAGGUGGCUAUACUAAAAAACAGAUUUUCAAUGUAGAAAGAACAGCCUUGUAUUGGAAGAAGAUGCCAUCUAGUAUGUUCAUAGCUAGAGAGAAGUCAAUGCCUGGCUUCAAAGCUUCAAAGCCAGGCUGACUUUCUUGUUCUGGGCUAAUGCUGGUGACUUUAAGAGGAAGCCAUUGCUCACUUACCAUUCCAAAAAUUUUAGGGCCCCUAAGAAAUAUACUAUGUCUACUCUGCCUGUGCUCUAUACAUGGAAUAACAAAGCCAGAACAUUUCUUUACCACACGGUUUACUCAAAAUUAUAAGCCCACUGUUGACACCCACUGCUCAGACAAAAAGAUUCCGUCAAGAUAUGACUGCUCUUUGAAAAUGCACCCAGUCAUCCAAGAGUUCUCAUGGAAAUGUGCAAGGAGAAUAGUGCCUGUUUUCAUGCUACCAUAGCAUCCAUUCUGCAGCCCAUGGAUCAAGGAGUAAUUUUGACUUCCAAGUCUUAUUAUUUAAGAAAUACAUUUUUGUACACUUUUGUGAGGCUAGAGUUGUCAUAAGUAGUGAUUCAUCUCAUGCGUCUGAGCAAAGUAAAUUGAAAACCUUCUAGAAAAGAUUCAUCAUUUUAGAUGCCAUUAGAACAUUCAUGAUUCAUAGGAAGAAGACAAAAUAUCAACAUUAAGAGAAGUUUGGAAGAAGUUGAUUCCAACCCUCAUGGAUGACUUGGAAGGGAAGGGUUCAAGACUUUAGUGAAGGAAGUAACUGCCGAUGUGAUAGAAACAGCAAGAGAACUAGAAUGAGAAGUGGAGCCUGAAGAUAUGACUGAAUUGCUGUAAUCUCAUGAUAAUGCUUUAAUGGAUGAGUUGUUGCUUCUUAUGGAUGAGCAAAUAAAGUGAGUCUUUGAGAUGAAAUUUACCCCUGGUGAAGAUGCUAUGAAGAUUGCUGAAAUGACAACAAAGGAUUUAGAAUAUGGUGUAAACUUAGUUGAUAAAGCAGCAGCAUGUUUUGAAAGGAUUGAUUCUAAUUUUAAAAGAAGUUCUAUUGUGGGUAAAAUGCUAUGAAACGGUAUCACAUGCUACAGAGAAAUCAUUUGCAAAGUCCAUCGAUGUGGCAAACUUCACUGCAUUAUUUUAAGAAAGUGCCAUUGCCAUCCCAGCCUUCAGCAACCUCUACCCUAGUCAGUCAGCAGUCAUCAGCACUGAGGCAAGACCCUCCACCAGCAAAAAGAUUAUGACUCGCUGAACGCCCAGAUAAUGGUUAGCAUUUUUUAGUAAGAAAGUAUUUUUAAUUAAGGUAUGUGCAUUAUAUCUUUAGACACAUGCUAUUGUACACUUAAUAGACUACAGUGUAGUAUAAACAUAACCUUGAUAUGAACUAGGAAACCAAAACACUCAUCUUAGUUUAUUACCAAGCUGAGAAUAAAUAGCCCAGGAACUCAACAUGAAGUUGAGCAUAAUUCAGACCCAGUGGUGACUUUCUAUGUUAGCAGGGAUUCAACAAGCCACUAAAAGCAAGGCACAAGAAGUCUCCAAGGGAACUGCACCCAGCUGAAAUCAGGAUCUGCAGUGAUAGGUGAUGUAAAUCAAGUCUUGCCGGGUGGUCUAAGGAAACCGUGGAAAUAAAGAUAACCCAAAUGAGAAUAAAUAGAAGCUAUUCAUUCAGAGAUUAUAGUAAGGGAGUCAGCCAUCAUCACUUACAUUUGAUGGAGACUCAAAGGAAAGUAGGAAAAUGAGAAAGCUCUAAUAUUGAAAACAAUGGAAGACUUCAAGUAUGCUGUGAUUGGGGGUGGUUGGCAUGGGGAAGCUAGAGAUUGGUUAAUUAGAAAUGUUGCAUUUUAUGUGAUUAAUUUGAAGAGCAUAUUUGGCUUUCUCUGGUUGGUGCUGAGUUGGGAGCAGAAGGAGGGAGGAGUGAAAUACUGGGAAAUUGGCAGUUAUUGACAAGGUUUUGACCAUUCUGGGAUGAUUACUGCAGAGUACUGUUUUCAUAUACAAUCUGGCUAUUGUCCAUCUGUGUAUUUACUGUUUCACAUGUAUUCUAAUAUCAAUUUCUUUGCCUCCUUCUGACUUCUGAGUAUUAAGUCUUGAGAAAAUGUAAGUACUUAAUCAACAAGUUACUAUUAAGAUGUUUAAGUUAUUUUUCUGCCUUCUACAAUCAUUACAAGAGAAAAAUUUGCCAACUUCUACACUUCCUAUAUAUAUUUACUAUUUCCAUUGAUGUUUCAGUAGCACAGUGGAAAAGAUAUGGUGGAAUCAAAAGUCUACCUAGCCCCUCAAAUGCAGAAGAAUUUUCAAGGUUCUUAACUAUAGCUUCAGUUCCUUCAAUGUAAUAUAAGGAUGAUACACUAACCACUUCCCAAGAUCGUUCUCAUGAGGCAGAUCUUUUCUCCUUUAUCCUA